AUGGAGGAUGAGGUGUAUCCGCCAUAGGUUGCCAUUGCUGAGAACUAAGUCAACAAUCAUAUGGUAUUGGGUCUACCAGUCCAAGAAGGCGAGAAUCAGUAGGAUAGACUAUACCCUGGAGAGGUAUCUAUAUAGUAAGAAGUCUAUAACUACCCGAACUCACGAUAAGAAUAGUUAGACGAGAUGAUUGCUUAAUAAAGCUAAAUUGUAAACUAAGCUAGAGUUAAUAGAAGAGUAGAAGAAGUAGUACAGAACAAUAUCAUUAUAGCAGAUAAUGAAAACUAUGUUGGUGAUGUUCAGAGAAAUAGUUGGGGUAGACCUUAAUAUAGGUAGGCUAUAGUCAUCUUGAAUCGAAAUAUGCCAGCUGGUGGAUUUAUUUGCCCUCAUUGCCACUUUAGGGGAGUUCCUGAAGUGUUAAGGAAAAUAGGUUGGUAUCAAGUGCUUAUUGGAGUUCUCUUUGUACUGUUAUUUCCAUUUUUCUGUAUUAUUCCAUUUUGUUUUGAUUCAUGCUAUGAAUACAAAACCUACUGUGCUAAUUGCCAUAGAAGACUAAAGAUUAAUUAGAUCGCCUAAUGA